AUGGAUUUCGUCGAGAAGGUCGUCGAAAAGUUCACCAGCGGCGGAUCAGGAGGUUACGGUGGACAACCUCCCACUCAGGGUGAUGGUCCCUCUGUCCCUCCUCCCUGGGUUGCGCUCUGGGAUGAGCGUGAACAGCGCUACUACUAUGUCAACGAGCAGACCGGCGAGAGGAGCUGGACUCCUCCCCCCGCACCUGGUGGCUACGGUGAGAGAUACGCCGAGGAGCCGCAGCAGCAGAGCAGCAACCAUAACUUCGGGUACGGAAUGGCUGGUGCGGCUGCUGGGCUUGUCGGUGGUGCCCUGUUGAUGCACGAGGGAGAGAAGAUUCAUGACGAUUGGGAUGAAAGGAAAGACAGAAUCGAGGACUCCGUCUCCGACUUCCCCGAGGACGCCGCCAACUGGACUGGCAGAAAGGUCGGUGAAGUCGAAGAUGUCCCUCAAGACAUCGCAGACGGCUGGGAUCGUGCCGAGGACAGGGUUGAAAACAAGGUCGACAACGCUGUUGACGACGUCGUGGACUUCCCCGAGAAUACAGCCGGAUGGGUUGGUGAAAAGGUCGGCGAUGUUGAGCAGUUCAAUGACAAUAUCGGAGACGCAUACGAUGCGGGCAAGGCAGAGGGCCGAGAUGAUGGCUGGUGA